AUGGGAAAGAAGAUUAUUAUCGACACCGACCCGGGCAUUGACGAUAUCCUCGGUCUCUUGCUGGCGCUUUCCGCCACGCCUGAGGAGGUAGAGGUUCUGCUCAUCUCAUUGACCUUUGGAAAUAUCGAAGUAAAGAAUUGUCUUCGCAAUGCUGUCUCAAUGUUCCACAUCAUCGAGCAGGAGAUGCAGUGGCGCCGUGAGAACGGCCGGCCCGAAGGUUUUGGCGCCUUGAGAGCCCACCGUCCUAUUAUCGCCGUCGGUGCUGAGAAUCCACUCGAGGAUCAGAAGAUGCUGGCUGAUUACUUCCACGGAACCGAUGGACUCGGUGGUAUCCAUGCCAGUCACCCACAUCUUACCCCCACGGAGGCUUGGGAGCAUCUAUUCCACGCCACCAUUGACCACGCAGGCGUUCCACCUGCCACAACCUCCGAUAAUGAGCGUGCCUUCACACCAUCCAAGCUACCAGCAUACAAAGAGAUCCUCCGUGUACUCCGUGACAACGAGCCGGACUCGGUGACCUUGGUCGCAGUCGGCCCACUCACGAACCUGGCUCUGGCCGCAGCGGAAGACCCCGAAACUUUCCUCCGAGUAAAGGAGGUAGUUGUCAUGGGUGGCGCAAUCAACCAGCCCGGAAAUGUAACACCAAUGGGCGAAUUCAAUGCCUACGCAGACGCUGUAGCUGCCGCCCGAGUCUUCGCUCUGACAUCGCCAAACCCACACACAACAGUCCCACCAACUAAGAACGGCAAACUUCCCCCCUACCCACCAAAGCUCAGCCGCCAACUUACCCUGCGUCUAUUCCCUCUGGAUAUCACACUUCGCCAUAACCUCUCCCGUGGCCAAUUCCGCAAGGCCAUCACGCCCCUCCUGGCGAGUGGAUCCCCGCUUGCUGAAUGGGUCGACGCUUUCAUGGGCCAUACCUUCAAGACCCUGGAACGCCUGCACCGAGGCCAUGAGGGCGAUGCUGCUCAGCUGAGCAUGCAUGAUCCUGUCUGUGUUUGGUAUGCGAUUACCGCUGAGGAUCCUAAGUGGCUUCCUUCUGAGAACUCGCCUGAGGAUAUUCGCAUUGAUACGCUGGGUCAGUGGACUCGCGGUAUGUGUGUUAUUGAUCGUCGGAAUCGGCACCGUAUUGAAGGCGAAGAGGAGAGCUCCAGUGAUCAUGGACUUUGGUUGAGUGGGAGUGCUGGUAACCGUAUCUGGAGAAUGGAUGGGUCGCCCGCCGAGGAGAACUUUGGUGAGAUUAUUAUCCAGAGGUUGUUUAGUUAG